AUGGAGCCUCCUACCAGCAUCGCUUUCAGCCACGAGCCUGAAUGGAUAUGCAAAGAGCCGGCUCUGGUCACCUGGAACGAUAACGAUCGCUUGGAAUUAUCUUCAAUUGGACUGCCAUGUCCUACCGGCAAAGCCACUCAGAUUACUCUCUGGGUCGGAAAACAUCCAACGAAUGGACUCUGUAUCGUGCUACAAUUACGUAUCACUGCUCGGUUCUCGAAACGUCGAAGAGUCCUUGACUACUAUUUACCAUUGCCCCCACCGACUGGGGAUAUCUCUGUCAUGAAGGUAGAUGAUGCGUCGCAAAAUCUCAAAGGGUGUUUGGAAGACGCAUAUGGGAAGUCAUCUACCAAGAAAUGCAUCCGUGUCUCAUUCCAGCUUUCUGGGCUAGGUCGUGUUCUGAUGCCUAUCGUACCCGAUAAUGCGCGCUGUUUUGAAGGUACACCUUUCCAUCUCUUGACCCAGUUUCGCUCGCUCUCGCACACAAGCCAACUUGAUGUAUAUGUUGCAUACAGCUCUUAUGCUCAGCAUGCCUUGAUAAACCUAGAGCCACCACUCAAGAAUUUUCUAGCAUGCACUGAACACAUUGAUCUUCCUCGGUCUUAUGGGGGAAACGGAGGUGUGUUCGAUGAUUGGCGGCAACUUGGUGACAAGUCUCCAAAUUCCUUCUCGGACGCUCAACAGCCGUGGUUAGGUCAGGGUAAAGAUCAAGAGCAUACCCAACCAGGUGUUGACACCUCACCACGCGUCGAGACCCAUCGAUCGCUGUCCGCCGAAGCUUAUGAAGUGCCAGAGCAUGGUCCCCCUGCAGAUGUGCAAGAGAUGUACUCGCCGCCUCCGUAUUCUCCGACGAGGCAGUCUAUCCGAACUUCCGUUAGACCAGAACCGCUACGUUUUUCCAAGCUUCAGUCUGAAUUACCUGGCUAUCUUAAGCGAUCUCGUGGUUUAGAUUCAGAUAGUCCCGGGGGCGACGAACCAUGCGCCAAAUCAGCGAAAUCCGAUCGCAUAGAAUUAUUUUCAUCAACUAUCAUUGACGCCUCGAACGUCGUGAAUCACAAACGAUCACCUCAAGUGCAGAGAGUAUGCUCCUACUCACCUACUGUGGCCAACACUCCAAGCACUGUAGAAGAGCCGCAGCUAUUUCCUCCCGAGUACACGACACCGACUCGCCGCGAAUAUCAUACCACUAACUCAUCUCCCGUCCAGGGCUUGUUUUCUUCUCGCCACACCACUUCUCAUAGCCGAACCGGACGGAGUGCUGCCAUAAAAGAGCGUGACUCAGCUACCGGUCACACGCUUGACUUCAAUCGUGGAAGUCUUGCCUCCUUAAAUAACACGGACUCAAGCAGUCCUGAAACGCCCCGGAUCACACCGACGGUGUUCACAAGAAGGCUCGAAUUUCUCUCUGUUCCGGUUGACGCAGAAGACAUAGUAUCGAAACUGGAGCAUGAGCAAUCACUAGAGAAGAACACAGGCAGUUUCGUCUCGACUCAGAGAUCUUUAGAUCACGUCUCGCCAACAAGAACCGACCAUCCAUUGAACAAAGCACUCAAAGCACUUGUUGCUGCACAGCUACCGCCUUUGACCACACAAGCUCUGCAACGCCUCAUGGACGAUCUCUUAGAAUCAGUAGACUACAGCUACAAAGUGGCAGAACUAGGGCUACAAGAAACAUCGGACGAGUUCAAGGUUGAGCUACAACUAGAAAAGGACAAAGGUGUUGAAGAAAUCACUGAGCAUGCUGAAGAGAUCCUCGCUGGCGUCAAGGGUCAGAUGGAAGAUUUGGCAAGUGGCCAUCUGGUUUCCUUCGAGGACAUGCUGCAGAAAACCAACGGCCAAUUGCAGCAGAUUUUCAAGGCUUUCUUGGGAGGGCUGGUCAAAGCCAUGGCGAUGGGUAAGGACUGCCUUGAUAGACGAGCGGCGGAAGACACAAAAGUGGAUGCACCUCUUGUUCGACAUCAGAGACCUGCCUGUGAGAACCUUCAGCCCAUAAGCAUGCCGGACUCAUCACCAGUCGCUGCCACAAAGUUAUUCCUGCAAGAAUUCGGUAAUCUUCGAGCGGCCGCGAAGGUGAAGGUGUUAGAGAGACUUACGAGUCAGAGCACGGCAGAGAUCUUCCUGACCGUGGAUAGAGAGCUUCGUGAGGCUUGGGUCGCUAGCUGGACCGGUGAAAUCGCAUCGUAG